CACGACCUCAACCCCUCCUUUUGACCUGCAUGACCUACUAUAUGCUCGGCUGAAUCUGCUGACAUCAUCAUCAGCUCAGAUUAUCUGACGUCGGCUCGCCAAGAUGCAGACUACGCUGGAAUCCUCUCGAAAUUCGACACGCUACAGAUAUAUAAAGCCAGAGAGUCCUUCAUGAGAUUAUCAACAACGAUGGCGUACAGUCCUUUUCUCAGGCUAUCCGCUCUUGCAGAUCUCAAUCAGCACUCGACAAAUCCGCACCUCGCCGAUCACAUCCAAAUCUAGAUCGCUAACGACCACUCGCCAUGUCCAAGAACCCUUACUAUGACAACACCAAACCCACCCCGAACUUGCUCUCCAAGCAAUCUAUCGGGACGGCCUUUCUUUACGGGUGCGCUGCGGGAUUGAUCGGUGUCGGGGCCAUGACCUUCAGCCAAAAGAUCGAACAAGCAUUUACCGGCCGUCCCAACUCCUACGUCCCCGGCCAUACUCUGGAAAAACUCCUCGGAAUGCCCUACAGGCCCGAUUCCGAGCGUUUGGGGUUGCAACACGCUAUGCAUUGGGGUCAGGGGGCGUUGGUCGGGGGUUUGAGGGGAGUCAUGUCGGCUUAUGGCAUCGUGGGGUUUGUCGUGGAUUUCUUCUUUACGGGGGUUAGGAUCUUGACGGAUCAGAGUUUGGAGAAUUACGCUCAGGUUGGGGCUCCUCCUUGGACCUGGCCGUUCAACGAACAAGUCAUCGACGUCAUCCACAAGGGCGUCUACGCGUUUACGACCGGAUACGUCGUCGAUCGUUGGCUUCACUGAGCUUAAAAAGACAAUGCACCGCUCGUGUGCGGUGUACGGCGGAGAUAGCGAUUGCGGUCGCGACGUGACAAAGACAAGGGCUAAAUAAUAGAGCCCUAUGGCGAGAGGAAGGGAUUGGGCGGUAGUUGGGUAUACGGAGGCGGAAAGAAAGCGGUAAAUUUUCUGGUUAUGGGAGAUACUCGGUACCUGAAUUGAAGAAAAUGAUACGAUAUGUCCAUUAUGCAUGGAAUGCUGUCUA